CUCCUGUGGUGGAUUAUCUGUAUCUCAUUGAUUAUUCGUUUUCCUCUGGUAUCUCCUCAGCGUCGCCCCUCCCUCUCUCGUCUCUUCGUCUCUUCGUCCCGCCCCUUCGCCUGCUGACGGCGGCUGUGUGGCAGGUGGCUCGGCGGCCGGGCGCUCGGCACUAUGGGAUGCUGGAGGCCUUUAUCUCUAUGGUAACGGAUGCGGUCCCUCAGCUGCUGACGGGUCGACAGAGGACUCUGCUGCUGCUGGCUCUGAGGGCCAAGGUGACCCUCUGUGACGACGGCCCACGGGUUGACCACGCCCCCCACAACGAGAUGUGGACGGUGUCCGAGGCAGCGGUGGAUGCAGACGUCUCCCAGUGCUGUCAGUCUCUCUCCGUCCUGAUGGACAGACUCCGCUGUGGUCAGACGGACAGACAGCACCUCCUGCAGGACGUGUUCGACCAGCGGUUCGAGGCGGCGCUCCAGUGUCUGCUGUCAGAGCUACUGUCCAGGAUCGAACACAUGUUUCCAGUCCCAGAUUUCAAACAGGCUGCGUCCUGGCUUGACUCCGCCUCCGCCGGUCUGGAGGCCUGUUUAAAGGAGGCGGACCGCGACGACCUGAAGGAGCUGCUGACCAAUCAGAGCAAAGCACCAGGACAAGCCCCUCCCCUCACCACCACAGUCGUCUCUGGUUCUGAAAAGGUGCUGAUGUCUGUUUGGUCCCACCCCCUCCUCACCAAACCGACCAAUCGUGAAGCCCCUCCUCCGUCUGACUUGGAGCUCCAGUCGGAUCCCGUCGCCAACGCCGAGCCGGUAAAGGAGGUGGUGACGACCCAACACCAGGCCGCCAUUGGUCCGAGCGGAUCACCUGAGGACGGGGAUGUGGGCGGAGUCCAGCCGUCGGACUCACCUGGACACUCCACCGUCCAAUCAGAGGAAACAGUCGACCAAUCAGAUCAGCCCUGCUCUGAUGUCACAGCCAACGCCCUGUACAGCAUUUCCCAUAAUUCCCGGCGGGUGGCUCAUAAAUGUCCUCAGUGUGGUAAAUGUUUCAUCUACCGCUCACAGGUCAUCCGACACCUGCGGACCAAUAAGUCCUGCGGGUCGGCGUCGACCCCCGCCGCCCGGCAGAGUUCUGAGGAGGAGCCGCGCCCCCCCGCUCGGCCCUUCAGAGUCCACUCCUGUUUCCAGUGCGACGCCGAGUUCCGAACCAAAGCCGAGCUGCUGUCGCACCAGCGCGCCCACCGCUCCAAGCCCACCUACCGCUGCGCCCAGUGCCCCCGCCUCUUCCACCACCUGUCCAGUCUGACCAAUCACAAGCGGACGCACCUGGCCCCGGGCGGCUUCGCCUGCGCCAGGUGCGACCGGGCCUUCCGGUCGGCCGCCGAGAGGGACGCCCACGGGCUGCGGCACCGCGGGCCCGACCUGGGCUGCACGCUGUGCGGACGCACGUUCACUUCUCAGACGCCACUGCUGCGACACCUGCAGACGCACUCUGUGGAGGGGGCGGAGCCUCGCUACAGCUGCCGCUUCUGCGAGCACACCUUCUCAGGAGUCACUCAGCUCCGGAUCCACCAGCGUUCUCACACCCUGCGCUCGUUCCAGUGCGACCUGUGUUCUAAGUCGUAUGGUUCUUUGAGUGGCCUCCACUCCCACCGGCAGAGCCACUCCCACCACAGCCGCUUCCUGUGUCCGCAGUGCGGCAAACGCUUCAAGACCCGCGACGGCCUGGAGGGUCACCUGAGGACGCACAGCGGCGAGCGGCCCUACCGCUGCCCCUACUGCCCCAAAGACUUCACCGCGCUGGCCGGACUCAACGUGCAUGUGCGGCGCCACACCGGCGAGCGGCCGUACGUGUGCGCGGUGUGCGGGAAAGGCUGGCCAUCGGGCGGAGACCUGCAGAAACACAUGAGGACGCACACGGGCGAGCGGCCCUACGCCUGCCAGGACUGUGGGAAGGCUUUCAGCAUCUCCUGUCACCUGACCGAACACCGGCGGAUCCACACAGGGGAGAAGCCCUUUUCGUGUCCAGAAUGUGGGAAAUGUUUGCGGAGGAAGUUUGACCUGAACAAACACCUGCUGUCCCACAGAGACGUCCGACCGCACGCCUGCACCCACUGCCCCAAGAGCUACACCCGCAGAACCCACCUGACCCGGCACCUGAGGACCCACCAGAACCCACCUGACCCGGCACCUGAGGACCCACCAGAACCCACCUGACCCGGCACCUGAGGACCCACCAGAACCCACCUGACCCGGCACCUGAGGACCCACAGAACCCACCUGACCCGGCACCUGAGGACCCAACCCCCUGACCCGCACCUGAGACCACCAACCCUGACCCGGCACCUGAGGACCCACAGAACCCACCUGACCCGGCACCUGAGGACCCACAGAACCCACCUGACCCGGCACCUGAGGACCCACCAGAACCCACCUGACCCGGCACCUGAGGACCCACAGAACCCACCUGACCCGGCACCUGAGGACCCACAGAACCCACCUGACCCGGCACCUGAGGACCCACCAGAACCCACCUGACCCGGCACCUGAGGACCCACAGAACCCACCUGACCCGGCACCUGAGGACCCACAGAACCCACCUGACCCGGCACCUGAGGACCCACCAGAACCCACCUGACCCAGCACCUGAGGACCCACCAGAACCCACCUGACCACUGAGACCUGAGGGGACCCACCAGACCCCUGUCAGUGAAGGCCUGGUACAGACCUGGUCUUGGACUUCCAUGUGCCUUUGAUGUGGUUGAGCCUUGGCUUUGGCCUUAGGACCCAAAUAUGGACGUUUGGACGGAAAGACUGAAACUGUUGAAGUGUGUUUGGUCUGAAAGGGAACAUUAUCAAGAACGUGUGUUGAAUAGAAUGUGUGUUUAAAACAACUGUUUAAAACAAUUAAAAGGAUUACACUGAUGAAAAGGAUUACACUGUUUCAAAAGGAUUACACUGUUUAAAACAAUAAAAAGGAUUAACCUGAUUAAAAAGGAUUACAAAGUUUAAAAGGAUUACAGUGUUUGAAAGGAUUAGUGUUUUAAAGGAGUAAAGUGUUUUAAAGGAUUACAGUGUUUGAAAGGAGUACAGUGUUUUAAAAGGAUUACAGUGUUUUAAAGGAGUACAGUGUUUGAAAGGAUUACAGUGUUUUAAAAGGAUUACAGUGUUUAAAAGGA